AUGAAAUCAUUGCAAUUUAUCGAAACAAAUUUUCAAGUUAUCGAUAUUCAUGAACGUAAAUUUAAUCCGAUCGAUGAAAUUAUUAAUGGUUUAAAUAAACCUGAAAAUGUCCAAAAAACAAUACCUACCUUUCUAUUGUACGAUAAUAAAGGAUUACAAUCACUAAAUAAGACCAAAUUGAUUCUUGAUUCAUUGGAAAAAAAGAAAAAAAAUAUAACCUAUUAUGCUCUUAGUCUUGUGGAAUAUCAACUCGGAAAGUUUUUAGAUUCACUUGGAAAAUAUAAAAACAUUAAACUUAUAGGUCUCCUGGGGACUUAUGAGGAUGGGAUCAAUUUUGUUAGUUCUUUAGGUGAAUUGUCUAAAACAAUUUUAUGGUUAGGCUCUUCUAUAGGAAACUUUAGUAGAGAAGAUGGAGCAAAUUUUAUUCAAAGAUUUCAAAAUCGAUCGAUGAAUCCGGGUGAUUUAUUUUUAGUUGGUAUUGACAGAAAAAAUGAUCCUGAUAAAAUCGAACCUAAAGGUGAUACCAAAGAAUUCAUUCUUAAUGGCUUAAACCAUGUUAAUGCUGUUCUUGGACAAAAUUUUAUUGAUCCUGAUGAUUUUGAAUAUCAUUCCUUAUAUAAUGAGAGUGAAGGUAGAGACGAAGCUUAUUAUAAAUCUAAGAAAGAUAUAACGUUGAAAUAUACUCCAAAUGAAGGGGCGGAAGAAAAAGAAAUAAACUUGAAAAAAGAUGAAUUGAUUCAUAUCGAAUAUUCAUAUAAAUAUGAUAAAAACAAUCUUAUCCAACUUUUUCACAACGCGAAACUUUCUCGUGUUGAAAGUUGGACGGAUUGGAACUCUCAAUAUGAUCUUCAUCUACUAAAUAAACCGCCAUUUUAUUUUGGUCGUGGUGGAGGUGACUCAUCACAAGAAUCUAUUCCGACGCUAGAUGAAUGGGAAGAAUUAUGGAGGUCAUGGGACACAGUAACAAUGACUAUGAUCUCACCAAAAAGACUGCUCGAAAAACCUAUUCAUCUUAGGCAUCCAUUUAUAUUUUAUUUAGGACAUAUUCCGGGAUUUCUGGACAUUCACCUUUCCAGAUAUCAUAAAGAAAAACAUACCGAGCCAGAAUAUUUUGCAGAUAUUUUUGAAAGGGGCAUUGACCCCGACAUUGACGACCCAAGCAAAUGUCAUUCACAUUCAAUAACACCACAUAAGUGGCCAGAGUUGGAGGAAAUCAUUGAAUAUUGUGAUAAAGUUAAGCAAAGGCUUAUCACUGUAUAUGAAAAAAAAACAAUGAAAAGGAGUUUAGGAAGAGUAUUAUUUAUGACAUUUGAACAUACGGCCUUGCAUCUUGAGACAAUUCUUUAUAUGCUGGUACAAUCACCAUUUACUUUACAGCCUAAAGGAGUUGUGAUCCCAAAAUGGAAAGAAGCAGUCGUUGCAUCGGAUGCUAAAUUUGUAACGAUUCCAAAGCAAACUAUUACUUCACCUAGAAGAGAGGUCAGUAUUGAAUCUUUUAAAAUUCAUUCAAGACCAGUGACUAAUGGAGAAUAUCUCUCAUUUAUGAGGGCAACAGUUAACAAAGAAUAUCCGGGAUCGUGGAUUCCAAUCGAUCCGUCUUCAUUCGAAUAUGAAGUUAGAACAGUUUUUGGAGCAGUUAGAAUGAAUGUAGCACUGAAUUGGCCAGUUAUGUUGAGCCAAGAUCAAGCAUGUAAAUACGCAGCAUGGAAAAAAAUGAGAUUACCCACAGAGGGAGAAUUAAAUUCAUUCUAUAAAAUAUAUAAAUCGUCAUCACUGCUAAUGGAUUUAUCAAACAUAGGAUUCAAGAAUUGGCAUCCAGUUGACGUGCCAAAUGACAGCAAUACAAUUCAAGUGCUGGGAUCUGGAUGGGAAUGGACAUCAAGCGAAUUUGAUAAGUAUCCAGGAUUUAAACAAAGUAAACUUUAUCCUGGUUAUUCAGCAGAUUUCUUUGAUGGUAAACAUGUUGUGGUUUUGGGUGGCUCAUGGGCAACACACCCUCGAUUAACAAGAAGCACAUUUAGAAAUUGGUAUCAAAGAGGUUAUCCAUAUGUAUUUUGUACAGUAAGAUUAUGCCAAAUAUAA